AUAGGUAAAGAUGGCCGAGUCCGACCUAUAGCUGGAACCCGCCGAACAGCGAAUUGGGCAUCAGGCUACGAAACCACCUUUCCGGCUAAUGCUGGACCAAUUACCACGACAAAAAUGCACCCUCUGAGCGAAGAGGAAGAACGGCAAUGGGCAAAGUCUGUGGAUCGUUCUGACGUUGUGCUACAAUUUGUCGAUCAUCGACGGAAUAAAAUUCGACGAUAUAUUGGAGAUGUAUCAACACGGUUCCCAAUUCCAAUUCAAUGCACUGUUGAAGGAUCGAAAAGCUCAAAACAUCGCAUGAUAGUACAUUUCACCUGCCAAAUUCAUAGUGCCUAUUGUGUGUUUCAUGACGAUUAUAUGUUUGCAUUCAAGACGAAAUUUGCUGCCGCAUGGCUGCAUUUGAUGUUUUUACAGAACGUGUUCACAGCAGAGAUUCAGUCAUCGUUAGAGGACUUUUAA